AUGGAAUUCUUCUCCCAAACUUAUGUAGCCCUUCGUGGACCCACUGGCGCGCCACAGACCGCCACAGACACCAUUUCGCGGUUGAGCGAUCGACUUUCGCCUGCAACUCUGUUGGCAGACCGUCGAGCAGCAGUUCAAUCGCUCAAGGGACUGGCACGGGACUGGAAGGAAGAUGUUGGAGAAAGGGCUCUUCAUGGCCUACUUGAAGUACUCGCAAAUGAUGCCGAAGUCGAUGCGGAUAUAGGAAAGGCUGCGCUGGAGACGCUAAUCGUCCUAUGUGACGUGGAGGAAAGUAAAGAGAUUGGGUUCAAGCACACGGACGUUGUCCUCGAAACGGAUAAAGCCAUAAACACCCUCUUCACUCUCAUGGCUGAUACCAACUUCUAUACGCGUUUCGCGUCGCUUCAGUUUCUCUCGACAUUGCUGCAGAAUAGACGGCCCGUUGUGCAGGCCUAUUUCCUCAAAGCGCGUUCUGGAUCAUCGAGUAUCAUGUCCGUGUUAGAGGACAAACGCGAGAUAAUACGAAAUGAGGUCAUUACUAUGGUCCAGACAUUAAUAUCCCAGAGUCCCGAUAUUCAAAAAGUGCUCGCUUUCGAGGGUGCCUUCGAGAAACUAUUCAAUAUCGUUACCCAAGAGGGCGGAGUCGAAGGUGGGGUUGUACCUCAAGCAGCGUUGUCUUGUGUGGAUGCUCUCCUGCGGUUCAAUACCUCGAAUCAGAGCUAUUUCCGUGAUACGCCUCUACCUCCUGUGCUUUGCACACUGCUCCUCUACCCCCCCAACCUUCCUGUGGAUGAGAAGGCACCUCAAGAAUUUGCGUUGCAGUAUUGGGACGAUCAAAAAACCGCCAAUGCGUCUCUCAUCGUCGCUAUUAUGGGCAUGUUCAUCGGUAGCUCCAAAGGGAACAGUAGUCAUGAACUUUCAUCUUACACGCGAUGCCUCAUCGAAAUGGCUUUGGCCUCGAAUGCACCAACCCCGCUCAAGACACAGGCUCUUAAACUACUCCCCUCCAACUUGACCUUUCCGCUCUCGGAGCUGCGACUGACUCCGUACAUGCCGGUUCCAGAGACCAAUGGCGACGAAUGGGAUCGUUUGGAGGAGGCCUCUGCCCUAGACGUGCUUGUGGAACUUGCUUUGCACGGCGAAUAUAACGGCUUGGACAGCGAGAAGCGUCUCAAGGAUGCACUCGAGUUGCGAAUAGCGGCUGUUAACGUUUUUGAGAAUUUUGUACGACAAGAAGACAUCCGGCUGGCGAUCCUACACGGAAUGCUUCCUGUGGAAGGCUCUGGACCUUCAGAUGGGCCUUCACUGCUCCACGCCCUUGCCCUUCCGCCGGAUACCAGCACAAAUGUCGACCGAUCAGCAUCAACCACCACCCAGAUCGCCGCCUUCCUCUUUGCCCAUUUACUUCGUUCCUCUGUUCGCGCCAAAACGCUUGCUCGGUCAAUCAAGCCCCCAAAUCUUAUAGAACCGUCCGGGGGUAGCUUUUUUGUUCCAGCAGAUGGAGGCCCACCGCCCGAGACGGCGCCAGCAGAGGAAGAAGACGAUCCACCACAAGCUCUACUGCCCUUACUUCGCGAGCACCUAUCGCUUGCUGCUUUGGCGCGAGCACGUGCGAACACGGAUGCUGACCCUAGAGAAGCAAGAGAAUGGGAUCGGUUUAUUGCGGCCCAUCUCUGUUUGCUGGCACAAUGGUUAUGGGACGAGCCAGCUGCAGUGCGCGACUUCUUGGAUACCGGGGGGCUUAGUGUGCUCGUGGACGCGAUUAAUCAGACCACAGAAGGCGACGCCCUUGUUCCCGGUCUUUGCGCUUUUCUUCUUGGAGUGUGUUACGAAUUCAAUCGCGAACCCGGCGAAAUAACACGAACAACAAUACACCCUAUUCUCCAUCUGCUGGGCGUUGAAACUCUUGUGGGGCGGAUAACCCGGCUACGCGAGGAUGAGCGAUUCCGCACUGUUGGCCCCGAUUCGGUCGUUCUGCCCUACCCGACCUCACAACUUGCACCCACCGUCCCGAUUCUGAAGGCCGCGCUCCCAGAGAAGGACAAGGAGGGCGAGAUCUGGUUCGACUGGGCAUUUGUCGACUUUUGGAAGUCCAAUUACUACACCGUCCAGCGAGGACUCUCGACAGAGCCGGAUCAGAUGACCGCGUCCUCAUCUGGACAAAGUGCUGAGACUGCCAUGCUGAUUGGCUCGCUCCGGGAGGCCAUUCGAAGUCAAACGCAGGAGAUUGAAACGCUACAACGGCAACUCAAGGAAAAGAGCGGUGCCCCGCCUCCACCACCACCACCGGCCCCGACACAGCCUUCCGGGCCAAGCCCAGAAGAGUUCCAAGCCCUCCAAAACCGGGUCUCGGAGUUAACAUCCCAAGUAACGAGUCUUACGUCGCAAUUAGAAGAUUCAGAAACAAAGCGAAAGGACGUGGAGAAAGAGCAGGAGGAUUUGCUGGUGCUGCUUGACGAAGUUACGGCCAAACGGAAAACAGAUAAAGCGAGACUAGCCGCUGCAGGAAUGGAGGUUUCGGACGAUGAGGGAGAUGAUGAUGAUGAUGAAGACUAA